UUUGAAUGCAUUUUGGAGUAAGGAGUAACGUUCAAUGCAAAUUAUGAAAUUAUGAAAAUUAAAGACUCGGUGGUGUGACUCGGUACCAAAUCAUUGCCCCAUACAGCCCAACAUCCGUGCUAUUUCAAUUUUUUAACGGGAUUAUUUCCGGUCCAAUUUUGGGAUCAUUUGCAGUCCAGGAUCCUUUGAGGAGCUGUACAGUCCUUUUCACUUUUAUUGACAGUAGCGAUUGCCACAUGAAUACUGUUCUGUAUUGGCUAAACUCAUUACUAGAACACUGGAUGAAAUAGAGAACGUUUCCAAUUUCUCCGGUAGGAUUUCAAAGGAGACUGACCAAUGAGCUUCAACAGGAAAAUGCUGAACUCCAGCGACAAUGCGCUGAGCUUAGAAGGAUGAAAAAGUGUCUAGAAGAGAGUCAAAGGAAAGUGCAACAACUUGAACAGAGAAACGAGGAGCUUGAAGAGCAAAGGAAGCAUCAAAACGAGUAUGCGACUGAACUGGAUCGAUACGAAAUGGGUGGAGCUCCACAUGGAAUUUGCCUUGUGGUAAACAAUUUCAACUUUUCAGGCGAAGAGGAACGUCAGGGUUCCAAAUUAGACGAAGAGGCAAUUGCAAGUCUCUUCAACGAGCUCCACUUCAAAGUGGAAAUCAAACAGAAUCUUGGUGGCCUGGAAAUUCUGCAAGUAGCCCAAGAAAUGGCAGCGAGAGAUCACAGCAAAUAUGCAGCAUUUGUGUUUUGCAUUAUGUCGCAUGGUGAUAAAAAGGAUGUCAUUUACGGCGUGGACAACAGAAAGGCCGGAAUGGAAGAUUUAAUGUCUGAGUUCACAGCGACGAAUUGCCGAACUCUCGAAAACAAGCCCAAACUAUCUUUUAUCCAGGCUUGUAGGGGGGAAAAAAGCGAUCCAAGAAUGAAGCGGCUAUCAGCAUCAACAGAGAACAUUGCGGAAGACGGUAUCCAGACAAUGAAUUCUCCCGAUGCUGACCUCGCAAACGGUCUUUCUGCUCGAGAGGCUGACUUCCUCCUGGCAUUCGCUACUGUACCAGGGUAUAAAGCUUGGCGAAGCAAAGAAGCUGGAUCCUGGUUCAUUCAAGAAGUGGUGGAUGUUAUCCGAAGGUACCAUCAUUGUCACCACUUAUUGGAUAUGCUGACGGAAGUGAACAAACGGGUUGCAGACAUAGCAAAUGAAUAUCCUGAUGUUGAACUCUCAUUUCAAGUUCCAGCUCCUACUCACACUCUGAGAGCUCAAGUGUUCCUCUACCAGACGUUUGACGCCGCUUUCUUCUUGAAUCUAAUAGAUGCGACUGAACUGGAUCGAUACGAAAUGGGUGGAGCUCCACGUGGAAUUUGCCUUGUAAUAAACAAUUUCAACUUUUCAGGGGAAGAGGAACGUCAGGGUUCCAAAUCAGACGAAGAGGCGAUUGCACGUCUCUUCAAUGAACUCCACUUCAUAGUGGAAAUCAGACAGAAUCUUGGGGGCCUGGAAAUUCAGAAAGUAGCCCAAGAAAUGGCAGCGAGAGAUCACAGCAAUUAUGGGGCAUUUGUGCUUUGCAUUAUGUCGCAUGGCGAUAGAAAGGAUGUCAUUUACGGCGUGGACAACAGAAAGACGUCAGUGAAGAAUUUGAUGGUCGAGUUCCAAGAACCCGAGUGUCCAUCACUAAAGGGAAAACCCAAGGUGUUUAUCAUCCAAACCUGCAGGGGGUCACUAGAUCAAGUGUGUAAGACGCGAAGGUCCUCAGCUGGUGAUGUUUUUUCACGGGCAGUGACAUCGAUAUCUACUGAGGAGGAUGACGAACUUCAUGAUUCUUUUUUACCCGACUCCACCCUUCCAAGGAGUGUGUUUCCUCAAGAGUUCGAUUUUGUCUUGGCCUUUGCUACUGUGCCAGGUUACGUAUCCUACCGGUCUCCAAAGGGCGGCACCUUCUUCAUACAGUCUCUGGUCAAGAUUAUCGGAGAACAUCGUCAUCGUCAUCACUUCCUUGAGAUCCUGAUGAAAGUCACUGAGCUGGUGGUGCAGAAACAGAGCCACAUGAAGUCUGUUAUUCAAGUCCCAGCUUCUAUGCAUACACUGACAAAAUUUCUGUACUUGUGAAAGAGAACGGAGGCCGAGCCAUUGCAAGUUGAGUAGGAGUUAGUGUAAAGUAAUAGAUCCCGAGAAUUGUUCAAGAACACGUGUAGAAAACUAUACAGUGAAACUUGUAUUAAGCGGAUA